GAUGAGGCGUAUUCCAAAAACCCCGACAAGUGACAGUAGUAAUCGUUUAACUUCACCAACAUCGUUGCCAUCCAAUGUGUCAACAAAUGCUUCGGCUAUUUCUGGAGGCACAAACAAUAACACAAGUGCUUCCUUUAAUAUUAAUGGUACUAACGGCUCUAGUACACACACGUUUUCCUGGUCUUCUGUGGCUGCUGCAAAUAGUAACAGCAGUACAACCAAUCGCUCAAUCCAUAAUGAGACAUCCGAGAAAUCGGAUGUGCCAGAUGCCGACUCGGCAUUAAAUCCCUUUAAAUACACCAAAGAGUUUAUGCUCAAGUUAUAUAAACCUGUGGGAUUACCCCUAGAGUUUGAAAGACACGAAUAUGUCACUAGUGACGAGCCAUUACAGCCAAUGGCCUUAAUAACGCUAACAGAACAAGAACACAAGCUUCUAUCGGGUGCAUCCGUCAAUAGCGAACUCACUCGUCGUAUCGUUUCCAAUGCCACAGGCGGAGUGGUUUCAGGAAACGAACGAGUUGUAGAGAGGGAAAGAGUACCAUUUUCUCCACGGGGAGAUAAACAUAUCGGUACCGGACUGACUUCUCCUAGGACGGAACGGUUCGCUGGAAUUACUGGUGGUGUACUUAGCGAACGAACAAGUCCACGUAGUAGUCGUCCAUCAAGGGUAUCUGGCACUCCAAAUACUUCGUCAGUCGAUGAUCCCGUAUGGAAUGGGGUUACUCGGCAUGCCAUAGGAACUUUUGAUAGCAACGGGGUUUUUAGAAUUCCGGGAAGUAAUGUGGACGACGAAUACAUAGCUAAAUCUAAAAAAGAUGAUUCCGAACGUAACAAUAAAGUCGAACAAGAGACCGUUCAUUCGGAUACAGACACUUACAAUCAGUCUUCUCAGAGCGAAAGGCUGACGUCAAAAAAAGAACAGAAAAAAUUUCAGGAUGAACAUGUCGAUGAAAUUGAGGAAAGUUUGAGGAAUGUUUCUAUGAAGGAACCUCAAUCAUUAUUACAAGAGAACCUAAAAUAUAAACUUGAACAUCAGAGCACGACUUCGGAACAACAGUCUUUACAAGAACAAAAUGAUAAGGAUGGUUGGCAAGAAUCACAGAGGCAAGAAACUCAGAAAAAUGAAAAUCCUGAGCAUCAAAAGGUCCAAGAAACAUUUAAUCAUCAAGAACAGAAUGAGCAGUCAUCAUCUUUUCUUUUGCAGCGACAAGAUGAUUCAGAAAAACAACAGAAAUUGCAAGAUAAUAAUAAUUCUGCGCUUGAGGAAGAAAAGGUGCGAGAAAAGGAUCUUGAACGUGAAAGUGAACGGGAUAAGGAGAGGGAUCAGCAAUUGAUAGAUCAACAGGUAUUAAUGCAACAAUUACAAAUGCAAGAAAAAGAAAAGGUGCUGCAACAGCAGCACGAGAAACAGAAGGCGCAACUUCAGUUUCAAGAGCAAGAACAGUUACAGAUUCAAAUGCAACGGCAGGAACAAGAGCAAAAACAAUUGCAGUUACAAUUACAAUUACAGUUGCAACAGCAUCAACAACAUCAGCAACAACAACUGCUACUCCAACAACAACAAAUUCUACAGGAUCCACAAGAUCUAUUACAGCGGCAACAGCAUGUUUUACAACAUCAUCAACAACUGUUAUUACCACACCACUUUGAAGACCAGGACGAUGAUGUAUUGAAAGAAGCCUUUUCUUAUUCAAAUGUUGUGGGAAAUACGCCACCAAUGUCACCCACGGGAAAAUCCAACAAAUACUCCAACGCACAUUCCAUUAUUGGUACAACCAGUGCCUUUGGUGACACAUCUGGAUCUUCAAGUUUAUUUUCUAACAAUGGGAUAACGUCAGAUGCAAGAAAAAUAACUCCGGAACAACAAAAGUGGCUCUAUCGAGAUCCGAGUGGUAAUAUACAAGGACCAUUUAGUAGUCAGGAAAUGAAUGAGUGGUAUAAAGGAGGAUUUUUUGUACUUAGCCUUUUAGUUAAAAGGGUAGAAGAUGCCACUUUCGAGCCACUGGGUGUGCUAAUUCGUAAGACCGGCGACGACGAAAGACCAUUUUCAGCUCCUCUGAUAGGAUCAAGACCUUCUUUAACAAUAUCGAUGCCAAAUAAUUCUUCGCGAGUUGUGAAUGAUCCUUUUCCACGCACAUGGGCUGCCCCGACUUCGCCUACUACAGCACAAUUGUUUUUGGAGCAGCAAAGAUUCAAUCCAUUUGGAGGAACCUCGUCCGUACCCUCUACGCCUUUUGAUAGAUAUCAAUUUGGCGGAGUUUUCGGAAGGAACGAUGUAACAAAUGGAUGGAAUGAUCUGGGGACAACGAACAAUGCAUGGGGGUCAACUUCAAAUGCAGGAAAUUUGUCUCCACGAUUACAAGCUCCCAACUCACCUCCAUUAUUUAAUAACACCACAACAUUUAAUGUAUCACCACCUCAAACAUAUUUGGAACAUCAACGGGUUUUGACACAGAUUGAACGACAACAAUAUUUGAUGUUACAACAAAGGCAAAUGCAACAAAAUCAACACGCAUAUCAAGAAACUUUUCUUCGUCAACAUCAAAAUUUUUCCACCAUGCCUGGACCGGUAUCUGCGCCUAUAACAAAUGCACCUAAUUCACCAUUUGAUGUUUUAUCUCGAUCUUCUGGUUGGGCGGCCACAACGGAACAACAACCUCCCUCGGCAUCACCAUGGGGAAUGAUAGCUCCUGGAGUAGGUGUCACUCCUUCGCGUGUCUCACAAUCCGAAGAGCUCGGAUACUUUGGCCUAAGGAAAGAAAAUAAUUUAGGAUUGCAACAAAGUCGUAACGGUGAGCGACCAUAUGAUAUUAUGGGUGGACAAAUUCAUGAGACUCCUUUUGAUAAUAAGAUUUUAGAUGGAGGCGUGGAGCCUGUCACGAAGCCUGCCCUCGGAGAUGAGGAGGCAUACGGCAAAAAAGUCGAAGAAAAUGUUAAUCAGGAGAAAGUCGACACGCCACAAAGUUCGAAGUCUCCUCCUCAACUUGGGCAAAAGGAAGAAAUGUUACGUUCAAAGUCCUCUUUGCGCGAAAUUCAGGCUGAGGAAGAACGUAAAAAGCAAUAUGGAGAAAAGGAAAAAGCAUCCUUAUUAAAUUCCACGCCUAUUAAUUCUAAUACUAUUGGUAAGUUGCCGCAAUUCCCAAAGUCUUCUAGUUUGGGUUGGGGAAGUAAUAGUAGUCCCGUAACCCCAUCAUCUCCCGCACCGUGGGCUAAGGAUGAAGACCAUAACGUUCCAAAAAAUAUGUCUCUUCGAGAAAUUCAAGAGAUAGAAGCUAAGCAAGCUGUAGUCGAGAGACAGGUCCCAGAAAGAAAAUCUACAUCAAAUUCAACGAUUAAUGCUACCCUUGCACCGUGGGCGAAAGAUGAUGACCAUUCAGCACAAAAAACUCCGUCUCUCCGAGAGAUCCAGGAAAUGGAAGCUAAGCAGGCAGCAGAAAGACAGGCUUCGGAAAGAAAAGCCGCAUCUGCUUCGACUGUUAAUGCUAACUAUAACAAAGAAGAUGCAAUGUCAUCAUCUAUAUCAUGGGGUCCUACUCCGUCAAAUGAGUCUAACUCAUCUUCACUUUCAACAUCCCCAGUUGUUUCCACACCUGCUUGGCAAUCCAAUAAUACCGCUCCAAAAAAAACACUACGAGAAAUUCAGAAAGAGGAAGAGGAGGCGAUGAAAAGACGUAACAAGAUCCGAGAGAUGCAAGCGGCUUUAAAUAAUGUUGGAGCGUCUAGUAAUACGACAACUCAGAGCAACGUGGGAAAACGUUAUGCCGACACGGUCUCUGUUGUUGCCGCGAAGAAGACUCCAACCAACAAUGUGAACAAUGCAUGGACCACAGUAGCUAGCAAGACAGUCUCUCGUGCAGCUGUUAACUCUGCGAUAACAAAUGGUACAUCUGGCACGAUGAAAUCGGGUAUCACAUCUAAGGAUUCAUCUACAGUUUGGGAUAAUGAGCAUAAAGGUAGCAAUAAUUUACAGGGCUCUUCGAGGGUUCAAAAUCAACCUGGUAAACCCGCUGAAGCAUUAAAAAAUGGAACUCGUGUGGCAGGUGUAAAGCCCGCGACGACCAAUAGUAUCGUUAAAUCCAGUAGUCAGAGCAGUGGAAAUGUCACCUCAUCUUCAGAUUAUUCCACACCCAAGCCACCUUCUGAAGAAUUUUUAAAGUGGUGUAAACAGACUUUGCGCGGACUAAGCAACGUUAAUGUUGAAGAAUUUAUGCAAAUGUUGUUAUCAUUUCCACUCGACCCUCCCCCGGCCACUGUUGAGAUCAUACAAGACUCUAUCUAUGCAAAUUCGCCUACCCUUGAUGGACGUAGAUUUGCCGAUGAAUUUAUCAAAAGGCGUAAAGCAGACGCCAACGGUUUACCAAUGAACAGUUUACUUAAUCACAUGGACAAUAAGACAAACAAGGAUUUGAACACUGCAAGCAGCAGUUCAAAGGAGGACUAUUCGGGGAAUGGUGCAGGAGCUUUCAAAGUCGUAACAGCGAAGAAGAACAAGAAAAAGCAAACUAGUUAG